AUGGGCUCCAAUCGAGAACAACAAUUAGUCGAUAAAAUUCGACAAUUAUUACCCGACUCGAAAAAGAAAUACAUCUGGUCAGACAUUGAGAAAACAGAGAAGUUACAAGAUUUAGCGUUCGAAUUGACCAGUACGUAUUUUGGUGACUUUUUCGCGACUCAACAACAAGCACCAAUCGAUCGUCUCCAAGCCGCUGCCUGUUUCUUAAACUUUCUCCAUACAAUCGCUGAUUGUGAAAAUGAUGAAGCCGAAGUUGACGAAGGACAUUAUGGCCUCUGGUUACUCACGGUAUCAAAUCAGGAAGAACGACUGAUGCAUUUAAACCAGUUAGCGGAUUGUUUACUUCUCUUCAAACGUACCAUGGGUUCAAUUGAAACUCUUCAAAAAGAAGAUGCAGCAUUACGGGCGAACGCACAGAAGAUGACGAAUGAAAUUAACUUUUACCAGGAAGAAAUCGCUUCAAAUAAAGAACAAAUUGAAUUAUACAAAACAGAAAUUAAAAAGCAAACAGGUAUCAAAGUAGAUACAACAAAACAAAUCGAAAAGCUCAACGCUGAUCUCUCUCGAAUUCAGAACAAUUACACAACUUUGGAAAAAACCGAUAAUGAACUUGAUAGUACAUUAGAAGCAUUGAAAGUUCGAGAGAAACUAUUGGAAAGUCAAUUAAUGGUUUCAUCGUUGAACGACAUUCUUUGCGAAAAUGGAAAUUAUUUGAAAGAAAAUGCCAAAUUGCAAAGCGAAAUACAUUUGAUGAAGCAAGCUCGUCAGUUACAAGAUGACAAACAGCAUAAUGUUCUCGAACCUGCUAUUACAAGUGUAAAAACAAUGUGUGAACAACUUGAUGGACUGACACCACGGGCAAUUACUAUUCAGAAUUUGUCGAGUAAUAUCGAUCGUUUGACACGAGAUAUUGAAAGUACAAGGGAAACAACGGAGAAAUUACGUGUAUUAAAUCCGAUCGGUACCGAAGAUGAUUCUUCGUUUACUUCAAUGCUGACGAACGCUCAAGUCGAAUUGGCUCAGCAAAAGCAGAACUUCGACAAACGUACUGGUGAGUUCGAAAGAACAACUGUUGCGUAUGAAUUGAUCAAAAGAUCAGUUGAUGAUCCAAAUCUAUACAAAGAUGUCUAUUCAAUGGAGAAACGCGUGGAAGCCGCCCGACAACAGCAUGAACAAACAAAGAAUAAGAUCAUUCAUGUCAUGGCUGACGCCCUCAAUGUUCUAUAA